AUGUCUGGGUACAGUAUGAGCAUCGACAAGUUCACAGGGAGAAACAGUUUCAGUCUCUGGCAGAUCAAGAUGCAAGCGUUGCUGAAGCAACAAGGCUUGUGGGUGGCGCUGUUGAAAGACAAGGGCGAUGCUGCUGCGAUGACGAGUCUGGAGGAGAAGGCACACGCAACGAUUUUGCUAUGUCUUGCAGACGAUGUCAUCAUCGAGGUUUCUAGUGAAACAACUGCUGCUGGUCUGUGGGGGAAGUUAGAGUCGUUGUACAUGACAAAAUCUCUAACGAAUAAGCUGCUUCUGAAGCAACGUCUGUUCGCUCUAAGAAUGGAUGAAGGUACGCAACUCAGGGAUCACUUAGAUCAGCUGAACACGCUAUUACUAGAAUUGCGUAAUAUCGAUGUUAAGGUGGAGGAUGAGGAUGCUGCUUUACUUCUGUUAGUAUCCCUACCGUUAUCUUAUGAGCACUAUGUGCAGUCAUUCAUAAAUGGUAAGGAUACUAUAACGCUGGAAGAAGUCAGAUCGUCACUUCACAGCAGGGAAUUGCGCCAUCAAGCAUCUGGUACAGAUACAUACAAUCAAGCUGCUGGACUGUUUGUCAGUGGGGGUAGAGGACAUAGAAGAGAUAACAAGAAGUUUUCUUCAAAGGGUCCCAAACCAGAUGAUGUAUGUAACUACUGUAAGGAGAUUGGACAUUGGAAAUCAGAUUGUCCAAAGAAGAAGAAGAAGCAAUCUGAGUUUGCAGCUGUAGCUGAAGGUGACAACAUGUCUGAGGAAGAUAUUGCUCUUGUUGCUGCUGGAGACACACAUCAAUCUGAUGCAUGGGUUCUAGACACAGGAGCAUCCUGUCAUAUGUGUCCACGGAGAGAAUGGUUCUCCACAUACGAGCAUGUAGAGAGUGAUAGCAUCAAAAUGGCUAACAAUGAUGCAUGCAAGGUUGCUGGGAUUGGUUCCAUCAAGAUCAGGACACAUGAUGGUAAAUUCUGCACAUUGAAGGAAGUUAGGCAUGUCCCAUCGAUGUCAAUGAAUUUGAUAUCACUAAGUUUGCUUGAUAGUAGAGGCUUCAAGUACUCUGGCGGAGAUGGUGUUCUGAAUAUCUUCAAAGAUUCUGAUGUGAUGUUGAAGGGUAUCCUACAUGGUACAUUGUACUUGUUGCAAGGUUCAACAACCACAUAUAGAGAAGAUGUUCCACGUUUAGAAGCUGACAAAUGGCUAGCUGCAAUUGGAGACGAGAUUGAGUCCCUUGAAGAGAAUCAAACAUGGGUUCCAGUCACACCACCAGUACGAAGCAAAACUACAACUUACAAGUUGGUCUUCAAGGUGAAGAAGCGUCUCGCUCGAAUGAGCUUCUAG